AUGAAUAUAUUUGGUGAUUCAGACGAGGAGAACAAUAAUCCUUUUGCAGGCACUGAUCAUUUAUAUGCCUCUGGUAUUGCUGCAGUGUCUGAUGAUGGUACUAUAAAUGAAAUUGAAAAUGGUUUGAAUGUAUUGGAACAACUGCCUGAAGAUGAAAGUGAAGUGGAUGAUAUUGAUGAUGGUGAUACUACGAGGAUGAGUAGUAGAAAUAGUAAUAAUAAAAGUAAUAAUAAAAAAAGUAUUAAUGUCCCUAAAGAUAAUGAUAAAAAAUUAAAUAUUAAUAAUAGUAAUAAUAAUAACAAUAAUAAUAAUAAUAAUAAUAAUAAUACUUCCAGUAUUGAUCCCUCGAAUUUCGAAUCUUAUGUAGCUCUUUCGAUGUCUAUGAUUAAUAUUUCUAUCCCAAAUACAGAUUCUUUAACAGCUAUAGAUAUCGUUAAUGCUGGUGAUUACAGAGAUCCUUGGGGGAAGCAUGCUAUUGGUUAUACUAUUCGUUAUAAUGAAAUAGAAGUUAUAAGACGUUAUUCGGAAUUUGACUCCCUACGACAAGCUUUAGUGAGACUAUUGCCAACAGUCAUUAUACCUCCUAUCCCUUUGAAACAUCCUUUGAUAAAGUACUUUUUGAACCCAAUAAACGCAGAAAGUGAUAAAAAGAUUAUUGGGAAAAGGAAAAGAAUGUUGCAAACGUUUUUAAACCAUUGUUAUCUGGUUCAAGAAAUUCGUGAACAUAUUGUAUUUAAAAAAUUCUUAAACCCUGAAUACGCAUGGAAAGAUGUAUUGACUUCACCUCCAAUUAAUAUUUUACCUGCAAAUAAUUUACUAGCACCUCCAUUAAAUCCAACAAAACCAAGUCCAUUACACCUAUUACUUCCUGUCCCACUAUCUUAUUCUAAGGUUGAAUUAAUGAAAUAUUCUACUGUUGGAGAUGAAGAGACUAUUGAAGCAGAGUUUAAAGAUUUCGAAACAUAUUAUUGUAAAUAUAAGAUUUAUUUACAAACUUUGCAUAAGAGCAUUACUCAGAACAGACACCAUUUUAGGUUAUUAUCGAAAUCAUUAGCAGAAUUAGGUGCAUACUAUAAUGGAUUAAGUUUAGAAGAAAAUUCAAUAUCAAGAAACGCUCUAGAUAAUAAGAUUAGAUUAUUGUCAAAUAGUAUUGAAAAAAUUGGACAUGCAUAUGAUGUUAAUUAUAUUAGUUCUGAAAUACUUAUUGAAAAUAUUUUAGCUUUGUUGGAUGAACCAAUAGAACAAAUGUUAUAUUUAUUGGAAGAUGCUGAAAGGGUAAUUAGUUUUAGGGAUAUGAAAAAAGUUCAAUAUCAUAUUAUAAGAUCAACAAUAGCAAAAAAGGAGAAAAGAAUUAAAAUACUACAGGAUACAGAGCAACAGCUUAAGAGAAUUGAAGAAGUAUUGAAAAAAAAUAAUAAUAGUAGUAUUGAUACUUUACCUAUGUCCAGCGUAGUACUCAAUAAAAAGGCUCAAAACUCUUCUGAAAUCUCAUGGGAGGAUGCAGAUUCAUCGCAAAAUAACAAUAAUACAGACAUGUCACGUACUGAAUCUAGCGGUAAUAAGGAAAGAAAGAAAUACAAGAAUUCAAUUAAAACGGGCCAGGUUGAACCACAUUUAUUAUCUGAAGAAGAAAGACAAGAUGAAGUUGAUCAGCUUAAGAAAGAAAUAGAAAAAUUAAAUGAUUGCUACAAGUUGAUCGGCAAAGAUAUGAAAGAAAUAAACAAAUCUUCUUCUACAAGUUUAAAAAAUUUGUCAUUGUACUUAGAUUCAACUUGGAAUAUGAUAUUAAAAGGUUUUACCAAAUCAAUAGUCCAUUGGAUUCAAGAAUCUUUAAAAGCUUGGAAAACAGCAAAAUUAACAAUCGACAAAUUUGAUGUUUAG